GAGACCAAACAGAAAAGACAUGCCUCCAGAUUUCCAGACGAAGAAGCUGAAGAAGGGAGAGGUGCAAGCCUACCAGCGCGGUAAAUGUAUUGCUCUCCAAUGGCGAGACAAAAAAGUAGUCUUCAUCAUGAGCACAGUGCACACUGCAAGCGUGGAGACUUUCAAAGAUUCGAAAGGGCGAGACGUCACAAAGCCCAGCAUCGUGCGUGAUUAUAAUCACACGAUGGGCGGUGUGGACAAGUCAGAUCAGAUGCUGUCCGACUACCCUGUCCCUAGAAAACGGCAGAAGAUCUACUACAAGAUCUUUCGACACUCGAUCGAUGAAGCGACGUUUAACUCUUUUGUCUUGUACCAAAAAGACGGAGGGAAGAUGAGCCACCUUGACUACCGCCUCGCCCUAAUUGAGGCGAUCCUGACUAGGUACCUUGAUCCUUCAAAAAAGACAAAGCACGGCCGAUCGUCUGAUGUGCUUGACGCUGUGUGUCUCAAGGAACGGCACUUUGCUUACAUCCCGCCAAGCGAAACCAAAGCAGUGCCAACAAGAAAAUGCUUCAUUUGCUGUCGGAAGCGAGGAGAAAACGGGAAAAAGUUGAGAAAGGAAACUCGCUUUUGGUGCAGGAGCUGCAACAAGCCGCUUUACAUUAUUCCAUGUUUCGAAAUUUUCCACACAGUCCCGAAGCUUCCCGAGUGAAAUAGCCCAAGGGUACUUAGCCUACACAAGGGAACAAAGAUGUGACGUCUGCAACUGUUCUUUAUAAGGUUUUUAUUUAUAUUAGCAGCAGGUAGCUAGU